CUGUUACUUCUUGGUGCGUGCUUUAGAAAGUGUUUACGUAGGAAGGUUAAUGUCGCAAUGGUCUCGGAAAUUUGGUUAAAAGGCAAACUUGACAAGUGGUUCGCAUACCAGUACAUUCACCAUUCGUAUAGCCGUCUAAAAUCCAUUCGUUUGUCACGAGCCUGCAAAAAUUUUACGCUGCAACGUCGUAACAGUUUCGAAAAUUCAAUCGAUCAUUUAGUAUCGCCAAAUCACGCCAAUAGAAUUAAUGUGGUAACGGGGGUACCAGAAGUGCGACAGUCUAAAAGAAGAGCAGAGAGGUCUAAUACGUUCAGCAGUCACGAAGAGAACGAGACCUAUGUGACGAAAUGUGAACGACGCUGGAGAAGUUUCAGAAGUAGCUUCAGCCGAAAGCACGUAAGGGAAGAAUACCGAAAUCAGCCGGUUAUUCCAGCAGUUUUAAAAACUUACGAUAAAGGGGUGCAGCAAAAAGAGAUUUUGUAACAAGGCAUAGGUACCUAGUCGUGUGGAGUGUUAAGUAAAGUAGGUAGUCGUAGAAAACAACAUGGAAGGCGAUUCUAUGACUGUAACUAACCUUGACUUUGUUGAAUUUGAAAGGCAACAACGGCGAUUCUUAAACGAACUUGCAAUGAAACGAGGGCAAGUGGAAGACCUGAAAAACGAGCUAAACGUUGCCAACUUAAAGAUCCACCAGCAAACCAGAUCGUUAGAGACGUCGAAGAGUACAAUUGAGGAACAGAACCACAAUUUGACAUUGGCCCUUAAGAAUACGCGAUUUCUGGAAGACACCCUGCAAUCGAAGAGGGACUAUGUCUCCAGAACCCAAAUGCAGCAAGAAUCAUUUGUCGCAGAAAGAGAAAGUUUGAGAGGGCUCCUACAAAAAACGGAGUUACAGAAUUACAACUUGACACGGGAAUUGAACGAGCUUAAGUCCCAACACAACUGCGAUGCAGCCUAUCAAAGGGAAUUUAUUAACGAAAACGCCAGAAUUCGAGAAAAAAUUGUGCAGUUGACCGAAGCGAUGCAAGCUUUGUUAAUUGACAAGAACAAGUGUCUUGAACUGACAGAGGGAAUUGAAAUGUGUGAAGAGAUGCAGAAAAGUGUGACGUUCUAUAGAGAAGAACUGCUUAAUUUCAAAAAGAAGUACGCUGUUCUGGAAGAUAAGUUAAUAGAAUCUAAAGCCACCGUGGAGAAAUUCGAGAAAUUAAGCAAUCAACAUCCUCUACCAUUCCAAGCCUCUGAAGAAUCACAAAUAAUCAUUAAUCAGUGGAAAAAGGCAACUGAACGAUCCAGCGAGCAAUCCCGAAAGCAACAAGAUCUCAUUACUAAUUUGACAGAAAAAGUGAAGGCCGAGUGUGAAAAUAAUGUGAAACUGUGCCUUAGGGAAGUGGGACUAGAGGAGGAAGUUAAGAAAUUGAAACACGAAAAUUCAAUUUUGGCGGAGAAAAACAAAGAACUCCAAAAACAAUCGCCUACCACCGCUGAAGUACAAAGCCAAGCGGCUCCAGCGGUAAUCAAAGCAGAGAUAAUUGAAAUAUUGUCGGGUGGUUAAUUUAUUUUAAACAAUUCUGUUUGUCCAUUCUCAUGAAGUUACACGUUUUGAUUUUUCUUGUAUUGUAGGUACCUAUUAUGUUUAUUAGUAGUGACUAUACAUAAGUAGGUUAAUAAUAAAAACUUUCAGUAGUAGUAGAAACACCAAUUAAUGCAUACGUUGACCAGGCGAAGCGCUUCACGAGCGUUACCUAAUGGCGGG